AUGCUGGGCUCGGUGAAGAUGGAGGCCCAUGACCUGGCCGAGUGGAGCUACUACCCGGAGGCGGGCGAGGUCUACUCGCCGGUGACCCCAGUGCCCACCAUGGCCCCCCUCAACUCCUACAUGAGCCUGAACCCUCUGAGUGCUCCCUACCCCCCUGGGGGGCUCCCUGCCUCUCCGCUGCCCUCAGGACCCCUGGCGCCCCCAGCCCCCGCAGCACCCCUGGGGCCCACCUUCCCAGGCCUGGGUGCCAGUGGUGGUGGAGGCAGCGGCUCAGGGUAUGGGGGCCCGGGCCCGGGGCUGGUGCACGGGAAGGAGAUGCCGAAAGGCUACCGGCGGCCACUGGCCCAUGCCAAGCCGCCAUAUUCCUACAUCUCGCUCAUCACCAUGGCCAUCCAGCAGGCGCCGGGCAAGAUGCUGACCCUGAGCGAGAUCUACCAGUGGAUCAUGGACCUCUUCCCCUACUACCGGGAGAACCAGCAACGCUGGCAGAACUCCAUCCGCCACUCACUGUCUUUCAACGACUGCUUUGUCAAGGUGGCGCGCUCCCCAGACAAGCCGGGCAAGGGCUCCUACUGGGCCCUGCACCCCAGCUCAGGGAACAUGUUUGAGAAUGGCUGUUACCUGCGCCGCCAGAAGCGCUUCAAGCUGGAGGAGAAGGUGAAGAAAGGGGCUGGCGGGACCUCCACCUCCAGGAACAGUGCAGGGGCGGCUGCCUCGGCCGCCGCCCCUGCCGCCACGGUCACCUCUCCCCCACAGCCCCAGCCUCCGCCCCCUGAGCCGGAGGCCCAGGGCGGGGAAGACGUGGGGGCUCUGGACUGUGGCUCACCCCCUUCCUCCACACCCUAUUUCACUGGCCUGGAGCUCCCCGGGGAGCUGAAGCUGGAUGCCCCCUACAACUUCAACCACCCUUUCUCCAUCAACAACCUGAUGUCGGAACAGACACCAGCACCUCCUAAACUGGACGUGGGGUUUGGGGGCUAUGGGGCAGAGGGAGGGGAGCCUGGGGUCUACUACCAGGGUGUCUAUUCCCGCUCUCUGCUUAACGCGUCCUAG